AUGCAUUUCCAAUACGCCCUCUCACAACUAUUCGCCGUCAUGGCACUCGCCUCGCCAUCACCAGAGGCUAACAGCCACCCCGCCCUGAGCAACCGCGACAGCCUCCCUCUUGACAAACGAGCAUGUAGUUACAACGGCUGCGCCUGCGUCAGUGGCCUCGCUGCAGGCAUCUAUUGCGGCAACUGCGUCGUCGGCGCUGGCACAUAUGCGAUACGCACCAAGCGCGUCAGUACCCACGCAUACCAGUGCAACUCAAGCGGAGGGUGCUGCGACUACGGUGUUGCGAGCGAUUGUGGGAAGAGCGGUGCGAGGUGCCAACAGGGUUCGCCGAAUUGA